AUGUCGGGCUCUCAAAGCAGCGUUUAUUCGCAAAGUUUCAACUUUGAAAGUUUUCUCCAGAAAGGCGUGGAUCCGCGCACAGGACAAUACACCUGCAGCGUCAACGUCUACCAUAAGCCUUCGCACGUUCAUAACGUUGGGACUUUUGCCCUCUCCCUCUCCUUUAACCCGCUCAACGCGCAGGAUGUUGGCUUGGGCAUCGGAUGGGCUUUAAAUUUGCCCUCGUACGACCACCGUCACCGCAAGUCUCUCUCACUGUCGACGGGAGAAUGCUACAAAAUCACCGAGACCGCUGGUGGUUUACUGCAUGUCAAGGAUCAGAAGCUCAAGAACUUUGAUGCGACAAAACUAGGAUCCGACUAUUACAUAGCGUACAAGUCGGGACAAAUUGAGCUUCUCUCCAAUGCAAACAAACUCCUAUAA